GUGACAGAGUGGCUAUAGAGCCUGGCGUACCAUGUAGAUGUUGUUCAUAUUGUAAGAAAGGCCGCUACAAUCUCUGUCUGGACAUGAAAUUCUGUGCCACACCACCUAUUGAUGGGAAUCUUGCAAGAUUCUACGAAGGGGUCUCCUGGACUCCAUUGUCCGAGGUGUUCAUAGAGCCAUGCAACAGGGGAGGUGUAACACUGGGUAGUAAAGUGCUGAUUUGUGGUGCAGGCCCCAUUGGAUUGGUUAACUUGCUUACAGCCAAGGCAUGUGGUGCUGCUCAAAUUUGUAUAACAGAUUUAGAUGAAAAAAGACUCGAGAUGGCAAAAUCUUUAGGAGCAGAUUUUCCACUCAAAGUAACAUCUAAAGAUCCCAGGGAAAUGGCAGACAAGAUUGAGGAAUGUUUAGGAGAGAAACCAGAAGUUGCAAUAGAGUGUAGUGGGGCACCACCUAGUGUGAAGACUGCAAUAUAUGCAACAAGUUCAGGUGGUUGUGUUGUUUUGGUUGGUAUGGGACCAUCAGAGGUUACAUUGCCAAUCAUGGAUGCGGCUGUCCGGGAAGUUGAUAUCCGAGGAAUAUUCCGAUAUGUAAACUGUUAUCCUACAGCUCUCAACAUGAUAGCCUCAGGUAAAUUUAUGCUUUGUAUUCUUUAG